UUUUACAUGUUUUAUAUUGUUUGGUGACAACCAUGAAUAUAGUUGAUAUAAAUGGUUGGCUUGUGCUGAGAAAAGAGCUAGGAUGCUUGCCCAGCAUCACCAUGGCUUGGACAUGGACAAUACUCAUGAUCACCUUGAUUAUGCUUGUUUCCCUCCUGCAAAAAUGGGCGUGGAAAUGCAUGAAAAUGAGGAGGAAACUACCUCCAAGUCCAAGAGGGUUCCCUAUCAUUGGCCACUUCCAUAUGCUAGGGGAAUUGCCCCAUCAAAAUCUCCUUCGACUUUCCCAAAAAUAUGGUCCCAUAAUGUUCUUGCGCUUAGGCCUCGUGCCUGCCAUUGUUGUCUCAUCCCCUCAAGCUGCCGAGCAGUUCCUUAAAGCAAACGACCUUGUGUUUGCCAGCAGACCACCUCAGGAGGCUUCGAAGCACAUCUCGUACGGGCAAAAGAGCUUGUCGGGUUCUCCUUACGGCGCCUACUGGCGCCACGUACGUAAGAUAUGCACCCUUGAGUUGCUUAGCAGUCAUAAAAUCAGUGCUUUCAAAUCCAUGAGGAAAGAAGAGCUUGGGGUUUUGAUAAAGUUUGUUAGAGAGGCUGCUGGCGAUUGUGUUGCCGUUGAUCUGAGUGCCAAGGUUUCAUCCCUCAGCGCGGAUACGACUUGCCGUAUGGUGUUUGGGAAGAAGUACAUGGACGAGGAUCUUGAUGAGAGGGGAUUCAAGGCUAUGAUCCAAGAUGUUAUGCGGCUUAUAGCAACUCCAAACGUUGGUGAUUAUAUUCCUAUCAUUGCGCCGCUUGAUCUGCAGGGGCUAACACGGCGGAUGAAGGCGGUUAGUAAGGUUUUUGAUGACUUUUUUGAGAAGAUCAUCGAUGAGCAUGUCCAAUCCAAGGACCAAAAUAAGACCAAGGACUUUGUUGAUGUUUUGCUGAGCUUCAUGGGAUCUGAAAAAUCUGAGGACCGCAUCCAACGGUCUGAAAUCAAGGCCAUAAUUUUGGACAUGCUUGCAGGAUCAAUGGACACUUCAGCAACGGCAAUUGAGUGGGCACUCUCAGAAUUAAUCAAAAAUCCAGGGGCAAUGAAGAAAGUUCAGAAGGAGUUGGAAGAGGUGGUGGGGUUGGAGAGGAUGGUGGAGGAAUCGGACUUGGAUGGGUUGGAGUACUUGGACAUGGUUUUGAAGGAAUCCUUGAGGCUACAUCCGGUGGCACCAUUGUUGCUACCUCACGAGGCCACGGAGGAUUGCACCAUCAAUGGUUUCCACAUACCCCGGAAAUCUAGAGUGAUAGUAAAUGUAUGGGCAAUCGGGCGAGAUCCAAGUGUUUGGAUUGAUGCAGAGAAGUUCUUCCCGGAGAGGUUUGUCGGAAGUAAUAUAGAUGUCCGGGGACGUGACUUCAAACUCAUCCCAUUCGGAUCGGGUAGAAGGGUUUGCCCGGGAAUGCAAUUGGGUCUCACUGUGGUUCGGCUAGUGGUGGCACAGCUUAUCCAUUGCUUUGAUUGGGAGCUUCCUAAUAAUAUGCAGCCAAAUGAGUUGGACAUGACAGAGGAGUUUGGUCUUGUAACUCCAAGAGCCAAUCAUUUACUUGCAAUUCCUACCUAUCGCCUUAUCAAAUAAUUCCUUUUUGUAAAUUAUUAGCCGUUUGACUGUAGCUCUAUUUAAGUCACCGUUGAAUAAUAAUAAAAUCUAUGCAAAGUUUUUUAUCCUCAAACAGUGAAUUUGUCGGUUUGUGAAGAGGUUUCGAGGUGGCCGGAUUAAAAUGCACAUCUUGGUUAGUUCAUAUAUUACAAUCGACGAUCUUUUAAGUGUAACACGUACGUUGUUUAAGUAUAUGUAUAUAUAAACUCUUUGGACACCAUUUGGAC